AUAGACAUCACUUGAAUCCAUCCUUUCUGUUUCUUUUCCUUCACUCAAUUUCAUAUCUCCCCAUUACUUAUAGGUAUCCUUCUCCCCUCCCCCUCCCAAUAGAAUUGUGAAAACCAAGGCCAAGAGUGAUCAUAGAACAUAGUUGAAUGACAAAAGAAGAAUAGGAUCAUGGAUGAAGAAUCACGGCAUCAUGAUCAAGAGCACAGGCCCCUCCUAGGAGAUUCAAACUCCAGGAACAAUCAAACUAACUUCAUACAGAAUGCCAUUAGCCAGACAUUUCGAAGCACUGCUCAUCUGGCCAAUCUCCUCCCCACAGGGACAGUGCUUGCAUUCCAACUUCUGUCUCCCAUCUUCAGUAACCAAGGUCGGUGUGAUGUUGCCAGCCGGUCCAUGACAGCAGGCCUUGUGAUUCUAUGUGGUUUGUCAUGUUUUCUAUCAUCAUUUACUGAUAGUUUCAGGGAUGACAAAGGGGCAGUUCAUUAUGGAAUAGCAACCUUACGAGGAUUGUGGGUUAUCGAUGGGUCCGCCACCGUUCCUCCGGAGGAGGCUGCAGAAUUUCGGCUCAAAUUCAUAGAUUUCUUGCAUGCCUUCAUGUCAGUACUGGUUUUUGCAGCCGUCGCUCUGUUUGAUCAGAAUGUGGUGAAUUGUUUCUACCCAACACCAUCAGAAGAAACAAUGGAACUCCUCACAGCACUGCCAGUUGGGGUCGGUGCCAUUGGAAGUGCGUUUUUCAUCACAUUCCCUACUACUCGUCAUGGAGUUGGCUUCCCUCUCUCUCCUCGCUGAUCUCUCAGUUGUUUUCUCUUUUCCUUCAUAUCCAUCACCAUAAUUCAAAGUAAUAUCAUUCAUUCUGUGCCA